ACUACCGACAACGUGACAUCAUUGCGGGAAGAAGACGACAACCCAUCAGAGUUGCGUUGGAGGGGGCCACCCACUACUACCCCCCUCAUCUUCCAAGUAAAACCCUACCAGACCCACACUCACGCUCACAACAACCGUAUUCUCUUCUCACCAUCUUGUCUCUCUUUCUCGGUAUUUGUUUGGUUUUGUUCCUUUAAAGUCAUUGUCGUCUUGUUUCUUAUGCAUAUAUGUAAAAUAGUAAUUCGAGGAGAAAGACGAAGAAAAUGGAGACUUCUCAAACAUCCCACCCAGUGGAUAAUGCAGUUUCAGAGAAUAAUCCUCCUCAGGUUCUCUCUCUCCUCUUUCUCACUUACACGCGCGAGCAUAUGUGCUCUGUGUCUACAAAAUGGUGUUAAUGUUCUGCUUCGGGUGGUAAAUGUCUUGAAUUGCUCUUUAUGCUCCAUUUUAUGCUGAAGGGUAUACAGAUGCAUGACUGUCGUUUUGUUAUUUUUUCUACUUCAUUUUUGAAUGGGUUUCAUUGUUUGAUGGCUUCUGCGUUUAUUUUUCAGCCCAAUUUACCUGGGAUCGGGCUGUUUAGGGACUUAAUUAUGCAUGAUCUUGAGUUGGUUAUCAAUUAAUCACCGUUUUUUUCUUUUUACCAACAACUAAUUCUACUGUAGAGAGAGAGAGAGUUCUAUGUUGGUUAGUACAGUACGAGGUAAUUCUUUCUUUGUAAUUUAUAAAUAUGAUAGUUAUCCAGAGAGAAAAUAGUGAGAAGAUAUAAAUCUGAUGUUUAUUGCUUUCCAAAAUAUGUCUUUAGUUGAGGAUUGUUAAUUUAACUGUGAAAUGUAUUUAAACUGGCUUGAUCUGCAGUAAAGUAUGACUUAUGGAAGCAUGUUAAGAAAGAAGCCUAAUAUCCCAAGACUGGUGGUUUAUUCUAAUAGUAAUCUGUUGUGUUCUUAGUAUAAGGAUAUGGGGUAUUUGUAUCUCACUAGUUCAUUGAGUAGGAUCAUUUCACAUUGAUCUGGUGAAGUUUGUCUAGUCCUUUAAUAUUCCGGGUUUCACAUUUUUCUAAGGAGUUAAAAGGAUUGAUUGAUGGCAAUUGUUUGUUACAUGCAGGCUGGUUCCCAAAACAGGGUGGCCAUAGAUAAUGUCAUGAAUUCAAGAACAACGGUCCGGCGCUCAGAUCUCUCCCUCCAAAUUCCUCCUACACCCUUAGGUUUUGGUGGUAGCCGCAGUGGUAAGGGGAUAAUCCAGUCUCCAGGUAUCUUGAAUGGAAAUUCAUCAUCCGGAGGCUUAUUUCGUGGUUUGAGCUUCAAGAAGAAAGCUGCUGCAUCUGAUGGUGAAAGAAGCUCUCUUCUCAAUCCAGACCCUAAAACAGCUCUUGAAAGUCCUGUUUUGGCCAACUUCAUGUCCAAGUUACCGUGGCAAAGAUGUGCCUCUCUUCCUGUGACUCCUGCAUCAAACCAGUCCCCUUCAGUUUCUACACCUGCCUCAGCAAGAUCUUAUGGUGAACAGCACAAGUCAAAUAAAGGGGUAACUCAAGCUACUGUGUCAAGGUCCCUCUCUGUGCCAGGUCAAAAUUUUGUUAUUGUAAGAUCGGCAUCUUUUGUUACUGGUAGAGAGCAGCGUCAAACAGAUGCUGAUAAUGAUCAAAUAACUCCUGCUCCAGUGGAAGAUGAUGAUCAAGAGAUUCCUGAAGAGGAAGCAGUUUGCAGGAUCUGUUAUGAUGUAUGUGAUGAAGGAAAUACACUCAAGAUGGAAUGCAGCUGUAAGGGUGCCCUUAGACUCGUACACGAAGCAUGUGCAGUUAAGUGGUUUAGCAUGAAAGGAAACAAAAAUUGUGAAGUCUGUGGGCAAGAAGUUUUAAAUUUGCCAGUAACUUUGCUUCGGGUGCCUAGUACCAGUCAAAGAGAUAACAGAUCGCGGAAUAAUCAAGAUCAUAUAAAUUCACAAACAAUAAGUGCCUGGCAGGACUUUGUGGUCCUUGUCUUGAUUAGCACAAUUUGCUACUUCUUCUUCAUUGAGCAGCUAUUGAUCCAUGACAUGAAGACCCAAGCGAUAGUGAUUGCUGCACCAUUCUCUUUUACAUUGGGCCUUUUGGCUUCAAUUUUUGCAGUCAGCCUUGCAAUCAAGGAGUACAUAUGGACGUACGCAGCUCUUGAAUUUGCACUUGUCGCACUGAUUCUCCACCUAUUCUAUUCCAUGCUUCACUUGAAGGCAGUUUAUGCAGUAAUGUUUUCAGCUGUUCUUGGUUUUGGAGUGGCUAUGAGUCUCAACAUACUGUAUAUUCGAUUUUUUAUCUGGCGAGUUCAAGUUUCGGAAAGUUCUACCCCAGUGUAACCAGACCCUAUAGAGGGGCAGAAUCCACAAAGAUGUGCUCUGCUUAUUUGUGUAAAAGUAGUAGCUACCCAUUUGCAAGGAUUGCAAAGAAAGAGGAAAUAGAAAUGUAGUAUUUCAAUAAUGCAAGUUUCCAUCCUUACAUACUUUUUACUUGAGGAAUGUGACAAAAACUGUGUUCAUAUCAAAUUGUUGCCGACAAAGAAAAUCCCAGGAUGUGGGCAGGUUCAUUGAUAACAAGCAGAAUUUGAAGUGCAGGGUCAUAUUACUUCUAUGAUUUUGUGUAUCAAUACAUUCUGGUUGAUGCAGGAUGUUGUAAUGUUCUCAUACUUCAACAAAAUUCUUUU